AUGUCUGUCGCCAAACAAAAGAAGUGGUAUCACAUCCAGUGGUACUCUGAUACAGAUACACCGGAAGAACGCAAGUUUAUUAUUAAGCUUGAUCUUCUUAUUGUUCCGUAUGCUGUGAUAGCUUAUUGGGUAAAGUACAUUGAUCAGUCCAACCUGAACAAUGCAUAUGUUGCGGGUCUCAAAGAGGACCUGGGCUUCAAAGGCAAUGAACUCGUUCAACUACAAACAUUCUACAUCAUUGGCGCUGUCUUGGGCCAGAUCCCAUUCUUCUUCCUUCUCACUUACGUCCCCAUCCACUGGUUGAUCCCUGGCUUGGACGUCUGCUGGGGAAUUUUUACCCUACUGCAAUACCGAGUCAAUAGCUUCGCCGAACUGGCAGCUUACAGAUUCCUGGUCGGAUGGUUUGAAGCAGCUUUCUUCCCAACUAUGCACUACCUCUUUGGCUCAUGGUACAGGGGUAAUGAAAUUGCCAGAAGAGGAGGUAUCUUUUAUGUCGGUCUAUCUCUCGGAACACUUACUGCCGGUCUCAUUCAGGCUGGUGCUUCAGCUCGACUCGAUGGUGUGAAUGGAUUGGAGGGUUGGCGCUGGAUGUAUAUCAUCUGCGCACUGAUCACCAUUCCGGUUGGUAUUGCGGGAUACUUUGUUAUCCCAGGGACGCCUGAUCAGCCAAAUCGUCGAGUUUUGAAUCAGCAUGACAUUGAUGUUGGUGAGCAACGACUCAAGCGAGCGGGUCAUAGCAGUCACGGGAAGAUGAAGCUAGGACACCUGAAGAAGGUCGUUCUGUCGCCUCAGUUUUGGGGAAUCAUUCUUGUUGAUGUCCUAUUCUGGAACGCUGGAACUCAUAGUAGUUCUGGCUCAUUCCUUCUUUGGAUAAAGAGUUUGUCAAGGUACUCAAAGGCCAAGGUCAACGAGUUGGGUACCAUCGCACCAGCUCUUGGUAUAUUCUACACUCUCUUCGUUUGCUUUGCGUCAGAUCUUGUGUUGGGACCUGCUUGGGCUAUCACUGUUUCGACUGUCUGGAACGCCCUCGGACUUAUCAUCCUCACCAUCUGGAAUGUCCCAGAAUCAGCACUCUGGUUCGCAUAUUCGACCAUUUACGCGUCAGUCGCGCUGUCAAGUGUUCUUCAUGGCUGGGUCAAUACGCAGCUUCGAGCAUCCCCAGCUGAACGAUCUUUCACGCUUGUCUUGAUCAACGCUAUCUCCCAGUCGACAACAGCUUGGACACCUUUGCUUGUCUUCCCGACUGUCGAAGGACCUCGUUUCCCGAAGGGUUACCCAUUUGCAUUGGGAUGUGCUAUUGGUCUGCUCAUUGCGACACAUGCCCUUCACCUAUGGCUGAAGCAUCGAGAUCCUCAAGCUGAAGCCCCUACUCAGUUUUUGUCCGAGGAAACCGGUGAUAUUUCUUCCGAUACUGGAUCUAAGACUGCCAACUCCAAAACUGCAUCCGUCAACUAA